AUGUUUGUUGUUUUGCUGCUCUUCAUUUUAGGUGAUUGGACACUAAGUAAAGGAGCCCCAGCUCCCAUUUCUAGGGAAAUCUUUGUCAAUCCCCAAGGUGGCUCUGGAAUCUACACAACCAUUCAAGAUGCUAUCAACCAAGGCGUUCCGGGAAAUAACACCGGAUGGGUUCUGAUUAAUGUGGCCCCUGGGGUUUAUGCGGAGAAUGUAACAGUUCCUCGAGAUAAGCCAUACGUAUAUUUGAAGGGUCACCAGAGAUCUACCACAAUAGUUGCUUGGAGGACUUCUGAUGGCAACCUUUGGGAGGCUACUUUGAUGGUAUUAGCAGACAAUUUCAUUGCCCAACGCAUAACUUUCAAGAAUACAUUCAACGUUGCUGGCUCAAUCCUCGGAAAUGAUGUGAAGCCUGCUGUGGCCGUCUCUGUGCAAGGAGACAAGAAUUCUUUCUACCGAUGUGCCUUUAUUGGUGUACAAGAUACAUUAUUUGAUGCAGUUGGUCGGCAUUUCUUCCGGUCUUGCUACAUUGAAGGUGCAGUUGACUUCAUCUUUGGUGAUGGAACCUCAAUGUACCAGGCCUGCGUAAUAAAUGCAACCGGAUAUGGUUUCAUAACAGCACAGCGCAGAGAGACCCCAGACGGACCAUCGGGUUUUGUUUUGAAAUUCACGAGGGUGAUUGGGACUGGUCCAACAUAUCUUGGUAGAGCAUAUGGGGCUUAUUCACGAGUCCUGUUUUAUAAAUCCACGCUUCCAGGCUCUGUGGACCCAAAGGGAUGGGACCCUUGGAAUUUUGUAGGUCAUGAGUAA